GUGGGUUUAUUAAGUUCAGUGAGAGUACGUAGGGGUGUACAUGUAAAUGUACAUGUACAUGGCGGUCUUCUAUCAACUCAACGGAAUGACCCAGGGAUCAUAUUAUUGCCGGAUAUUGGUGAUGUGUCGGCGGGAAAUUACACCAGAUAAAAAAAACCUCACAUGUGUCAAACCAAUAAGAGAAUACUGACACAUAAACUUUGCUGCGACGGGUUAUGUCGCACGAUAAUUAAAUCUGCUAACCUGAGCAACACUAAUACUGCGUAGUUCAUCCUUCACUGAAGACGCUAUCUUGCAACAGCUGUUCUUUCGUGUAUGAGUUUCGCUUCUUGUACGAAGUACAAAUCCCAUGCCGCUCACCCCUUACCAAUCACAGCAAGAUAUGUCUUCACAAACUAAACAACAGUUACGGGUUCAUACUUAUUGACAUCUGUCUUUGGUUAACGUACGAAGUGCUCAUGGCCCGUUCUUCUUUCGGACUAUAGAUAUUAAAACCGUACAGCCUGCGAGCAAGAGGGAGUAAGGCAACAUUUCUGGAGAAAACUGGAGUGAACAAAGUGCUGCAGCGUAUGCUAAGUUAGAUUAUACUCAAAGAUGAAAGUUGGGUCGUUUUUGAUAUGUCUGUUGUGUUUACUUGUAAUGAUAGACACAAUGGAAGGAGCUCGCAAGAAAAGACGAAGGAAACCAAAGAUCACAACAACAACCACGGCACAGACAACAACUCUAUCAUCCUCUGCAGAGCCAAAAUCCACAAUAACCACCAGACAGUCCAGUUUAUUGGUAGACGUUACAAGACCGACUGCUGCCGGAGCGUGGAGUUGUCGACUAGUUUGUGAAGGGUCUAAUUCGUACUUGGACCAGGAGCUAUGUGAGUGUGUUUGUGACCCGGGCUAUGAGUACAGCUCCAGAACAAGGCGAUGUGAAGAUAUCAAUGAAUGCGAAGACGAGUCAAACUGCGUGGGAGGGGCAUGCACCAACAACAGGGGUUCUUAUUACUGCAUAUGCCCUAGUGGUUUCAACCUACACGCCAAUGGGAAACUCUGCCAACCGGUACCCAAAGUAUUACCUUGCCGUGGUCUGGUUUGUUUUGGUGGAGCUGUUCUUGAUGAAAUGAGGUGUAAUUGUUGGUGCAGUAACUCUGGAUUAAAGUACGAUUACUUCGAAGAAGAAUGUGUAGACCUGAAUGAAUGUUUAGAUGGUACAGCAACCUGCGAGCAUGGAUGCAUCAACACCAUUGGGGAAUACAUGUGCUAUUGUUUCCCUGGCUACAGCUUGAGUAGGGACGGCUCAACAUGUCAAGAAGACUCACAACCCGAUCCAAGCACUACGGCUUGCUACGGGAAGUGUCACGGCGCUACGACAUUAAACAUGCUGGACUGCGGGUGCAAGUGCGGGGAGGGUUACUACUACAGUGAUGAAGGCCAAGGAUGCUUCGAUCGUGAUGAAUGUGACGAGUAUCUUGGGUGGUGCCAGGGAACCUGUACGAACAAUAUCGGCUCAUACACCUGUACCUGCCCGAAGGGAACAGAGUUAGAUGUAGAUGGAUGGCAAUGCAAUGAGGCCGUUGUUACAACUGGGGAUGAGCUACAAUGUCUAGAUUAUGAGGUUUUAUGUGACCAUGGUAACCAAUGUGUCCAGGAGGUUGUUAUCUGCGACGGGUACAAUGACUGCGGUGACGGUUCUGAUGAAAGCCAGUGCAAACCGGUAUGUCGCCCGCACCAGUUUUCCUGCGCCAAUGGGAGAUUGUGUCUCGAAGCUUCCAAGAGGUGUGACGGAGAGAAUGACUGCUUGGAUUUCUCUGACGAACUCGACUGCCCAUGCAAAGAUGGAAAAGAUGAAUGCCACACGUGGUACAACCGAGGAGAGUGUGAGAGUAACCCAGGAUGGAUGCAUUGGCACUGUAGGGAAAGCUGUAAAACAUGCCUGCCAGAAGACGGCACAGCAAAUGGUCUACUGGAAGAGGCUGUUCAUCCUGCUUUGUAUUUCCUUCGCAAUUCUGAAGACUUUGCAACCAGCCUACAGUACACCCUACGUACCACCGGCAGUCGCCAAGGUGCAUCGGGCAGUGAGUGGCGAUGCGAGCGAGUGACCGAGGUUCCCAAGAACGUCAGAGACGAAUUCCGGCUCAGUUACAGCUACCAGAAGUACGCACACGCCUACAACAUCCCAAUCCUCGGCACGGAGAAUGCCGACGACGAAGCCAUUCAACGGGCGUGCUACGUGACCAGAUUCCUCUUCGCUGAUCGGAGGGACCUUCGGGAGGCUUUCUUCCGGGCCUGGGGGAGAGUAGCCGUCAUGGACAAUAACGAAGUCACCCUAAGGAUCCCUGAGCAUUCACACCUCAACGAAUCUUACAACUCGGCCCGGGGGCUUGGGGGAACCCUUCACAUCCCCGUGGCGACCGGGGCCACUGAGAACCUCCUCUGCCAACCAGACGAUCCCAGCAAAUUGGAGGACACCUUCGCGCACGUUUUAGCGCAUACAAUCAGGAGAGUCUCUAUUACGAUGAUCAUUUCGUCGUACAAGUCGCGCCUCAUGGGCGCUUACAUGAACUCUAGACUCAAUGGUCUCUGGCCUGGCACCAGGGCCAUGUAUACGGUGGAUGAAUAUUUUGCACAGGGCGCCCUCAGUUUUUUUAAUGUCAGCGCGCCUUAUACUGAGCAGACAAAGAAUGAUAUCAACACGCGAGAGAAAUUGGAGAGGUACGACCCGGGUUUGUACAGCUUGAUCAAGGAGAUCUUCCCGUGCAUGAAUACUAUUGUGGAUCGAUGUGACGAUCAGACGAAGCGAAAGACACAUCAAAUAAAAAUAAACUGCAAUGAAGGACCACCCAAAGUGACGGAGCCUGAUACGGAAGAGGAUUCAAAUGGUUGUAGAAAUUUCCACAAUGAAUGUUCCCAGUGGAAAUCCGAGGGCGGUUGUCAAAGCAAUGCCAAUUGGAUGAACAGCAACUGCCCGAAGGCUUGCGGCACCUGCCCCGAGCCCCCGCCCGAGCCAGUUGACGAAGAGCUUCCAGAAGAGUGUUUGGACACAGAUGGACAUUGCAAAGCAUGGAAGACACAGGGGAGAUGUGAAAAUGAUGAGGACUGGAUGAUGCUAUUCUGCAAGAAGAGUUGCAAUUGGUGUGAUGACCAAGAAGACGUGGAGCCUACUGAUGAGUAUGAUCAAGAAGAUGCAGUCGCAUCUUCCUCCUCUGUGGUCGAGGAUUGUGUUGACAGCCAUUUCCUAUGUCAGGAUAAUGCUGCAGCAGGAGAAUGUGUCACGAACAAGGACUGGAUGCAAGAAAACUGCCCUCUCACAUGCAAUCUUUGCCCUGGUUCAGAAACCAACACUACAGAAGUCGAAGAUUUAGAAACAACCACCACUGAAGUCAUUGAUUUAGAAACUACCACCACCAUGGAUGUAACAGAACGUCCACAAGAGAACAACAAAACUGGAGGCUGUCUGGACACUUAUACUUUCUGCCCCGAACUGGCCAGUGAAGGUGACUGCGAGGCCCGAUCAGACUGGAUGGCAGUCUACUGUCCUGUCAGUUGUGGCUUCUGCAAUGGAUCUGCAGGUGUAACUGCAACGACACCCUUCUAUGAUCCUCUAUGCGUGGACAGUAACAUCUACUGCAUGGACUGGGCUGAUGUGGGAGAAUGUGAAACAGACUAUGAAUGGAUGGGUCUCAACUGUCCAAUGAGCUGUGGUUGGUGUGACACUUCUCUUAGCACUCAUUUACCGCCUACGCACGACCCGAACUGUAUGGACACAGAUACGUUCUGCAUUGAAUGGGCUGAAGCUGGUGAUUGCGACACCGACCCUGACUGGAUGCAUCCCAACUGCAUGAAAAGCUGCGGUCUCUGUAACAGCACCUACCCAGUGAGACCAACCCCAACAUCUGAGUAUGUCUAUGAACCGAACUGUGAGGAUACAGACCCCUUGUGUCCAAGCUGGGCAAUACAGGGAGCAUGUUACUUCAAUCCAGCGUGGAUGCUCCCCAACUGCGCCUACAGCUGUAACUCAUGUGACUACGUUGACAGCAACGACACCCAGCUUGAUCCUGGUCCGGGUAUAGCAGAUGGAGAGUGUAAAGACACACAUAAGCUAUGUCAAGAGUGGGCUGGUAUAGGUGGAUGCUACUCCUACCCACAGUGGAUGCUUGAGAAUUGUAGAGUGAGCUGCAAUUUGUGUGAGCCUGAGAACUCCACUGACUCAGAUAUUUUAUCGACCAACACCACUGAGAUGACUGAAACCACCGAGUCACCAGACAGCGACUAUGCAGACUCUGUCAAUGAGGUCAUCGAUUCCAGUGACUCAUGGGCAGAAAGUCAACUUGGGAACCCAUCGGAGGACGGUCCCUCUGAGAAUGAGUUUAGCGAGUCAGUUUCAAGCGACUUAUUUGAUGAGGAAGGCUCGACAGAAGCCAAUGACGAGGCUGCAUCUCAAAGUGAGUUUGACUAUGCGCAAUCCUCUGAAGCGGAAAUGACUGCACCACACAACAGUUAUAACUCAAACGAAAUUCAAGAAUCUGAUAUCUCAGAAACGCAAAGUGAAAUUUUCGAGGAUUCACAUGGUGCGAUUACCAAUACACUACUCAAUGAGGCAAAUGAUCGACAUUCUUCUGAAGGCGAAUCAUACACAAAUAGUGAAACCAAUGAACUUGAAUCUUCAAUCCUCGUCACCCAGAACCAACACGGAGCAAAUGAGGUGCCAUCCACAGAGACCAACCAACGGGAGAACAUAAAGCCCACUGAACCGACCUCACAUACACAGCGCCAAACAACCACAUCUCCUACAUCCUGGUCAUCCUCUCUAACUACAACAAAUGGUCAACAAACAGGCGUAACUGGGACACCAACCAGCUCAAGCUCAAGUUAUAGGCCAUCAGAAACCAGCAGCUUACCUUUAACAAGUACAUCACCCUCAUAUGUAUGGACCCAAUCAGUAGAUACAAGUACAAAGAAUGAGGUUACUGAUGAGUUACCACAUUUGUCAACUACAGCUUCCUCAAUAAUGACGGACUCAUUUCAGACUGAGAACCAGACUCAAAGGGAAGGCAUCAGUUCAUCCACACAAACCACUGUGAACUCAACAAGUGAACCUAUAUCAGUUUCCACAAAUGAAACUACAUCAGUUUCCACAACCGAACCUACGUCAGUUUCCACAGUUGAACUCAAAUCAGUUUUCACAACACAACCUACUUCAGUUUCCAAAGGUGAACCUACAUUAGUUUCCACAAACGAGCCAACCUCAAUCUCCACAUUCCAACCUACACCAAUCUCCACAGACAAAGCUACUUCCUUCUCAACAACCCAACCUACAAGUGAACCAACAUCAAUUUCGCCAAGAACUCAAAUCAGUACAGUCCAGCCUGAAGUGAUAAGCACCGAGCGACCAACCACAACCCCUCCUAGUGUCUGUGCUGACAAAAAUAAACGCUGUCGUAAAUGGGCAUCCAAGGGAGCGUGUACCAAAAAACCAAUAUUUAUGUUGAAGAACUGCAAGGUAAGCUGUGAUGCCUGUGAUAGUGGAAACACUGCCACGACGGUUCAAGAGCCAGACCAAGAUAUCAUUACAACCACCUUAACCUACACAACAGUCGCUGACACUACCGCUUCCUCUUUCCUAGAAACAACACCACCUACUUUUGUCGAUGUGACACACUCGCUGAAUGAGGUUCUGCCCACUGAUUGUGCGGAUAACAGUACUUUAUGUCCGUUGUGGGCAUCUUAUGGUGGUUGCGAAACAAAUCCUCUCUACAUGCUCCCCAACUGCAGAGUAAGUUGCAACUCGUGUGACUAUGUCUUCAUCGAAGAUGAAGGGUCAGGCUUGGAGAUUAAUACCUCUGUUACCAGCGAAGAUAAGUGUGAAGACGCUGUAAAGUAUUGUACGAUAUGGGCGGGAGAAGGAGGAUGUAAAACCAAUCCUAGCUGGAUGUUGCCAAAUUGUCCAAGGAGCUGCAAGCUGUGCCACGAUGGAAAAGAGCCUGAAAGUACACCGUCUCCACAGCAAACAAGUGAACCUGAGAAGACAAGUGCAUCAUCUGAGGAAGUGUCUUUAACGCCAACAAUUGCAUCACAAGAGUCUUCAUCAUCACAAUCAGCAGAGACCACACCCGGGACAAGUUCUUCCGAGGAUGAGACGUCCUCGCUUACUGAGCUGACAACAUCCAAAACUCCACGGGAAACCUUGAUCCCCUGCACUGACGGACACACAAGCUGUGAACGCUGGGCUGAGAUUGGAGAGUGCGAGAAGAACCCACAGUGGAUGAGGUGGAACUGCAGGGAUAGCUGCAAGACCUGUGAGGAUCUGAUAACGGGGUGUUUCGACUCCAAUUCUCAAUGUCCGGCUUGGGCUAAUACAGGAGAGUGCGAGGCUAACCCAGAUUGGAUGAGAAGCAACUGCAGGAAGAGCUGUCAAACCUGUGAUGAAGACUUCAGUGAUGAUGUAAGUGGCUGCAAAGAUGGUUAUGAUCAAUGUCCACAGUGGGCCAAGGACCAAGAAUGUGAUUAUGAUCUGGACUUCAUGAGAUCAAACUGCAUGAGAAGCUGUGGACUGUGCAAUAAGGACCGAGAGCCAAAAGAAUGCAAAGAUCUGUAUGUGAAUUGCACCUCGUGGGCCAAGUAUGGCGAGUGUGAUAGCAACCCUGUGUGGAUGAGGAUCAAUUGCUGUCAGACAUGUCUUGAAGACUUACCCACCCAUUGCAUUGAUGUAUCUGAUGACUGCGUAUCCUUGAAGACGGAUGGUGCAUGUCAGUCUGAUGAGGAAUGGAUGGUUGAGAACUGCAGAAUGUCUUGUGGUGCCUGCAACAGGACUUAUCAGUUUGUAGAACCACCAGAUCCAUCGACAGAGUGUCUUGAUGUUGCUGACUACUGCGCUGAACUAGCUCUUGAUGGUGAAUGCAAGGCUGAUCCAGAAUGGAUGAAGGACUAUUGCUGUUACUCGUGUAGCAUUGUACCCGAGGACUACACUCCAGGGUGUGUGGAUAUCAAGGAUAAAUGCAAGAAAUGGGCGGACAGCGGAGAAUGCCAAUCCAAUCCUCAGUUUAUGCUCUUCAGUUGCCCUUUGAGCUGUAACACCUGUUUACAAUGCACCGACUACGAUCCUACACUCUGCGCUGAGCUUUUUGAAGAUGGCCAAUGCCAGAGCAAUGCCGCCUCCAUGUGGGCUUACUGCCCAAAGAGCUGCAAUAUGUGCUAACUAUUAUUGAGGAUUAAUUUCUGGAUGCAGGGAGGUCCAUUUCACCGACCCUUCUCCUCCCCCUCCCUCAUCUCCUCCCCCUCCCUCAUCUAGAUGUGAAGGUGGAGUCAAUAUGGAACGUUCACAAAACCAAAGAAUGUGGGCGACAACUUGGAGUCCACAAGUAGAGUUCGCGACUGUAACUCAAUGAGUCUCCAAUCAUUACUUCCUGUUUAAAACAAAACACAAAUCAAUAAAGUUAAGUAUCUUCAAGACAAAAUAGCUUCGUUGUGAGCUAAGAUUGGUGAAAAGUGUAAGAUGCAUGAGCCCCAACUUAAAGGUAACGUUUUUGUGUCCAAAACUCCAGACUAAAAAGACCAGGGCCCAAUUUCAUGGCUCUGCUUACUGUAAGCAAAGAAUCUGCGCUUACAAAGCGGGGAAUUUCGCACUUACGUCAAGCGUAUUUCAUGAGUUAGUAUGGAACUUUUGUGUGCCGCCAUAUUCCAUUAUAACAGGCACUAUUUGCUUACACAGCUAGCGCAAAAUUUGGCGCUUGCACAGAAAGCCCAAAAUAGUGAUCAUAUGCGCAAAAUUCGGCGGUAAGCAGAGCCUUGAAAUUGGGAACUGCUUAAAAGUACUUAAUUAGAUUAAGAUUUAGGGCAAAACCUUACCCCUAUGAUUGUUAUUUUUGUGCAUGGUUCAUAGAACUAAAACAACUUGAGAAAGUUCUAAAUCUACAUUCCUGGAGUGGUCUAGGGCGCUACAAUUUACAGAAUGUUGGUUCAUGUUCUGGCCUGGUCACUCGCAACACUUGUGUUCUUUAGCAAGGCACUUUAUCAUGAUUGCUUCUCUCCACCCAGUAGUACAAAUGGGAACCGAUGAGAGUGAGUAACCUGUCAUAGACUGGCAUCUGGUCCAGGAGGACUAGAAAUAUUCUCAGUCAUUUAACGCCAAGGAAACCAAAAUCACUGGCCCUUAUGAGCCAUAUUGGCUCGGGGCGGACUUUACUUUUCUGACGGGAUGGUACAACAGUGGAUAAGGCGACCAGGGGAGUGCGGCGCCCCAUUCCCUUGUUAAGUUUCUCAGUUUGCUCCUUUGAGCUUCAGUUGAAAAAUGAAGCACUAAAGUUGUACAAAAUGGAAACUUUAAUAGAUAUUAAAUUUUGCAUCAGGCUAAAGAAAAAUUAUCAGUUAAAUUUUAAGCCUAAAGUGUUAUAGUACUAUCAAGGAUCAUGUGUUUAAAGUGAUAUAAACUAUUGUCCACUUUGUGGAUUUUACAUUCUUUUACAGAAAGAUGGAAAAUAAUGAAGAAACUCAGCAGAUGGAUAAGUUUUGACAAAUUUCAGUUUAAAUAAAUUUGCCUGAAGCGCUGUACACGUAACUGCAAGUAUCAUGCAUGAAUACAGUCAUUAAUUCAGCUUUUACUCAUCAUUCCAGCAGUUCAUAAUUUAAUGAACCACAAAGCUCAUUGGUUAUCUACUUUAUCUACAGCAGUUCCAAUCACAUCUUCGAUUGACUGUGUAAGAGCACAGUGUCUGAACCAAAUUAGAGUUAACAUAAUGCGAGCCAAGUUAAAAAAAAAAUAAUAAUCCAUUGCUGUUGUUAUUUACAAGAUACAAGAACACAACAUACGGGAGUCAAAUUAAGACAAAACUGCCCUUGUGAUUGAUGCAAGGCAAUUUGCACCGAAAGCGCCCCUCUCAUGUCUCCGGAUUCAGUUUUCAUCAGCCCGUCUAUAAAACUCUUCCCUCAACCACCACUCAUCAUAAAGACUAAUGCUAAUCACAGUCUUGCAUCAUAUCCCUUCCUCGCCUAUCCUGUUGCUAAAGUCAUUGCAUUACAAGCAAGCGUAUCUGCUGUACGCUUUAAGUUUAUGAUACUUCCAACACCGAACCUAGCAUAAGAAUCUCUCAUAUCAUUUUCCAAAAGAGUUUCUCAAUGCAGAAAAUUUUAUUUCGGCAAAGAUUCUCGUCUUUGAAGAGAGACGUAAAAGCCAGUUCCAGUUAAAGAUGCUAUGUCAGAUUUUUGGCCCCAAACAUUAAAAAAUAGAUUUUUUUGAGUGAAUGGUAUUUCAAA